GUUUCACAAGUUAGUUGAGUUGCAGAGAAACAUUUUUUUUCUGUUCGUUGUCAUCUUAAAUCAAGCGUUGGAAGCCUAACAGCAAUUUAUUUCUAUAGUUUUAUUUCGAAUUUAUUUUGGUGGAUAAUCCAGAAAAGUAAUUACAACUGAAAUUUAUCAGAUACUAUCGCAAACAAUUUCGCGAAAAGGUGAAUAUCAUAUCAAUGGCCUUGAUGAUUGAAAAGAAAAACGGCUAGGAGAAGCGAAAAUUUAUCUCAAUAGUUUAAUGCUACGACCGUAAAAAUGACAUCUCAGACACAAGAUAUGGCAAACAUUGAGCUCGGAGAGCUUUCAUUUGUAAGCACAGAAAGUGAUCAAAAUGUUUACAGUGGAACGAUGAUAAACAACGACCAAAGCUCGACAACCAAAGACGCCACAGGAGUCGACGGUCUUACCUCAAACAUCCUAAACAAGCGAGGCUUCGGCUGGUUGUUGGAAAUAGAAGAUAUUGAUGAUGAGGCCUACGACAAGCCCUUGUUGGAAGAACUUGAUAUAAAUCCACAAGAGAUCUUUUACAAAUUGAGAUGUGUUCUCUUUCCUAUUCCUUCAUUGGGAUUUCAAAGAAGCAUUGUUAAAGAAAAUCCUGACUUCUGGGGUCCAUUGUUUGUGGUUCUUGUGUUUUCACUGCUUUCAUUAUAUGGACAGUUCAGGGUUUUGUCAUGGAUAGUUACAAUCUGGUUUACUGGCUCAUUUGUUAUAUUUGUUUUGGCAAGAGCACUUGGUGGGGAAGUUUCUUAUUCACAAUGCCUUGGUGUUAUUGGCUACUGUUUACUUCCUUUAAUUAUCACUGGUAUUGCUCAACCAGUGCUCAGUGUUUCAUACUAUCUGGCUGCCCUAAGCAAGGUGUUUGGUGUUGGAUGGGCAGCAUACAGUGCUGGAUCUCUGUUAGUGCAAGAAGAGCUGAACAAUAAAAAACCACUUCUUUUCUAUCCUGUCUUCUUGUUAUAUAUUUACUUUUUCUCGUUGUAUACUGGGGCUUGAUACUUUGUAUUACCCCAAUUUCAGCUUUCAAUAAUAAAUUUAAUUUUUGUCAGUUACUAAAUUAUAUUUCAGAGAUAAGGAUAGCCUAGCCUAACAGUUAUACUUAAAUACUUAAUUUAAACAUCACUGCUGGAAGUAUGUUUUUAAGAGCAUAUGCUGUCAAGUAACAGAUCUGUAU